CCGCCUGUCCGGGCUGGCUAAGCGGAGCCGGGCGCCUGCCCAGGCCUGGUCUCUUGGGGGCCGCAGAUGGGGAAAGUUGCCGAGUCUCCCGGGGGGGGGGGGGGGGGGUUGCUCCGAGGAGCUCCUUGCUGCCGAGGGGUCCUUUCUGGCUCCUGCACACCUGUCCACCUGACGCCCCGCCGCGCUGCUUCAACGCCGCGGCAGAGGGCCCGCACGCACCUGUUUGCUGCCUUGGAUUGGGGCGGAGGGGUCUGGCUCGGGGGGGCGGGGUCAAACUCCUCUGUUACGAGAACCAGACAUGGCCGGGCUGUCACUUGGUUGGCCCGGGCGCUGGGGUGGGGGUGGCUGCCUUGCCUGGGUGCAUGUGCUGGUGGGCUGGCCACUUUCAGAGGUCUGUCUCAUCAGCCAGCUGAGGCACCCCCCUUCCCUAUUUGGCCUGCUGAGGCAACCCCCACCCCCAGUCAGAUUGGGAAUAAGGGAGGGGUUGGCUCAACUGGCUUGCAGCCUUGAUUAGCCCCCUAAAGGGGCCGGAUGUGCCCCCUGGGCCAUAUGAUUGACACCCCUGGUCUAUCUGUUGUUUUUGGGGUGGGGCAAAGUAAGAAACAGAAACACACACACACACCCCACACACACACCUUUGGCUUCUGCCUGAGGGCCUGGGGCAUACCUGCAACCACGUGCCUCAUGCCUUCUUGCUGUAGUACGAGAAGGGGGAUCUGGCGUAAUGGGAAAUGGAACCGAUAGAAGAGCUCGGCCUCUGGAACCUGAGAGAGUUGGGACCAAAGGAGACCCUCCUGGACAUGGGUGCAGAUGUCCCGCCCUUGGCUAAAAUCAAGAAGAGAGGAGAUGCAGAACGGAGGCCCAGAAAAGCCCGCCAGGCGAGGCGCCACCUGCCAGCGAGUCGGGAGGCGGAGGAGUUUUUCACGACUCCGCAAAGCGUUGGAGAUCCAGCCAGCCCCAGCGAGGGUCUCACUAGAGGAAGGAGAAGUCUUUGGCAGGGGAGACCUCUGUGACGCCGGGGAGUCAGGGGGGGAUUUGGUGGGAGACGAGGCGGUGGUCUUCCGAGUUGGGGAGGGCAGGGCCAGCCCAAGGCUGUGUGCAGCGGAAGCUGACUUUGCCUGCAAGGAAUGUGGGAAGUGUUUUGCCUGGAGGUCCUCCUUGAACAUCCACAAGCGGACCCACACGGGCGAGAAGCCCUUCAGGUGCCACACCUGCGGGCGGCACUUCAGCCAGAAGCCCAACCUCCUGUGCCACCAGCGCCACCACACCGGGGAGCGGCCCUUCAAGUGCUCCAGGUGCGAGAGGAGCUUCCGGCAGAAGCAGCACCUGGCCAAGCACCAGCGCACCCACGCCCGGCCCCGGCCCAGCCCUCACCCCUGCCCCGAGUGCCAGCGCAGCUUCAGCAACAAGGCGGUCUUGCGGCUGCACCACCGGGCCCACGCCCACCACCGCCAGCUGGCCUUCCGGGAGCUGAAGAAGGCCUACAAGGAGACGGUGGCGUGGCAGCGGGAGGAGGCCCAGGCGGGGCUCGGCUGGGUGGCCCGGCCCAAAGGCCGGCGGCGGGGGGUGAAGAAGUUCAUCUGCAGCGAGUGCGGCAAGGGCUUCACCUGGUGGUCCUCCCUCAGCAUCCACCAGCGCAUCCACACCGGAGAGAAGCCCUUCCCCUGCACCGAGUGCGGGAAGAGCUUUACCCAGAAGCCGAACCUCCUGCGGCACCUGCGCUACCACAGUGGCGAGAGGCCGCACUCGUGCUCGGAAUGCGGCAAAGGCUUCACCCAGAAGCAGCACCUGGUGAAGCACCAGCGCACACACUUGGCGGAGAAGGGGUUCCGGUGCCACGCCUGUGGGCAGAACUUCCCCACUAAGGGGGCACUCACGCUGCACCAGCGGGCUGGCCAUGUGGGGGCCGACUUCCUGGCUCUGGAACUGAUGGCUGAGAAGGGGUGUCUGCCACUUGGCCCGCCAGGACGCCUGGACGACAUGAUGGGUUCCCUGAUGGCCAGUGGCCAGAGGACCUUCCGGCCACCCGAUCUCCUGAGCCACCCGAGCGACGUGGAUGGGCAGCCAGUCCUGAUUGUGGAGCCCGGCACCCGGCCGCAGGCUCUGUCCCAAACCAAGAAGGGGGUCUUCUGGAAGCCAGAGGUGCCCAAGCCGCCCGCCCCCGAGCAGAAGCACUACAUCUGCAACGAGUGUGGGAAGGGGUUCGUGUCGUGGUCGGCGCUCACGAUCCACCAGCGGAUCCACACGGGGGAGAGGCCCUAUCAGUGCGGGGAGUGCGGGAAGAGCUUCAGCCAGAAGCCCAACCUGGUGAGGCACCAGCGCUACCACACGGGGGAGAAGCCCUACCCGUGCGCAGAGUGCGGGAAAUGCUUUGUCCAGAAGCACCACCUCACCAAGCACCAGCGGGUGCACCAGAAGGGGUCCCGCCAGGGCCUGGCACGGACCGUGAAGGUGGAAGGGCCGUAGGGAGGCGCUGGUGGGAUGGCCAAUUUUUGCCUUUUGGGAGCCUGUUCGGAGGUGAGGAGCGGGAAGACGGGGCUCUGCCUUUUCUCAACUCUGAGAAGAUUUAUCGGGGAGUCCUGUCGUGCCCAUCCUGUCAGCGUCUGGCUUGGAGGGUGUGCGCAUGCAGCGCAAGACUCGCCCCGUGGAGUUGAUUGAGCCGUAUCCCCCGGAAAGCCACCUGUGGGUGACUGAGGUGCCACAAGAGGUUCCAUCCCAAGCAAAGUGCAAAUCAUCCCCUUGGCAUGAAGACUCGACUCCUCAAAAGGAACUCUCUUCAAAAGGGGUUUCUCUUGAUUCCUCACCUGUGAACGUUUGGGAGAUGCUCUGGGGACUUGUGACAGAGCCAUAAAACUGUGCUUUUCCCUCAAACGCCUUGGACUGUGACCUUAAGCCCCCUUAAAACAGAGACACGGGCCUGGUUGGAGAGUGACUCCAGGGGACCAAGCCCCUUUCCCAUGUGGUGCGGGGCUUGCGUGAUGUACUGUGGACUCGAGGCUGCUGCCUGGGGUGCACAACCGCCUCGCACGGGCAUCCCGCCUGCUUUACAGGGGAGACCACGGGAGCGUGCUUCUUAAGACCUGUGUUUUGUAUGGUUUUUGUCAGUGUCACCUGCCUUGGUUGUAGUUAUCUGGGAGAAAAGCAGGUCUACAAAUGCAUUAAAUAAUUAAGCUAAACGGAAAGCCCUAUCGGAAAGUACAUUUGGCUUGUCAAUAUCAUGCACCAGUCAAUUCUUACUUCCAAAUGAGCCUGGAAUCCGUAAUGUGUGAGGUGUUAUCUAAGUGCAUUUAAACAUGGGAGUGUUUGUAACUUGAGAACUGGACUGUAGAAUGAAAUUGAUUAUUAUUGGAAGAAACGAGAUGAAUUAAACAUCCGUGUAACACG